GCCGCAGAGAGACGCAGGGGGAAAAAACAGCGGAGUCGGAGGAUAUUUACCGAUGGACACGAUUUCAUUACAGGAUAUUGCAGCAUGAAGAAGGAGCAAGUUGUCAACUGUCAGUUUUCGGUUUGGUAUCCGAUAUUCAAGAAACACACGAUUAAAAGCCUGAUUCUUCCACUGCCUCAGAAUGUAAUAGACUAUUUACUGGACGAUGGGACACUGGUAGUCUCUGGGAGUGACCACGACACACAGCAGACACACAGUAACAACAACGACUCGGAUGCAGAGGAAGACAUUCAGUGGUCAGAUGAUGAGACAACCACCACUGCCACAGCUCCUGAGUUCCCAGAAUUCACCUCGAGAGUGCUGGAGGCAAUAAACGCCCUGGGUGGCUGCGUCUUUCCUAAACUCAACUGGAGCGCUCCUCGGGAUGCUAACUGGAUUGCUCUGAACAGUUCCCUGCAGUGUCAGAGCCUCAGUGAUAUAUUUUUGCUCUUCAAAAGUUCAGACUUCGUCACCCACGACCUCACACAGCCAUUCCUUCAUUGUAGUGACCAGGACUCCCCAGAUCCUGCUAUCAACUAUGAGCUGGUCCUGAGAAAGUGGAGCGAGCUGAUUUCUGGUGGAGAGUUUCGCUGCUUUGUCAAAGAAAACAAACUGAUCGCUAUCUCCCAGAGAGACUACACUCAGUAUUACCAGCACGUCUUGAAGCAGGAGGAGCAGAUCUGUCACGCCAUACAGGACUUCUUCAGCCAGCACAUCCAGUACAACUUCCUGGACGAAGACUUUGUGUUUGAUGUCUACAGAGACAGCCAGGGGAGAGUGUGGCUGAUUGACCUGAACCCGUUCGGAGAGGUGACAGACUCGCUGCUGUUCAGUUGGGAGGAGCUGACGUCCGGAGAAGUCGCCCACCAGCAGGAGGGCCCUGCGUUCCGCUGCACCAACAGCGAGGUGACGGUGCAGCCCAGUCCCUGCCUCAGCUACAGAAUCCCAAGGGACUUUCUGGAGCUCUCUACCGGGGAAGACGCAUACAAGCUCAUCGACUUCCUCAAACUGAAGAAAAACCAGCAGGAAGAGUCUGAGGAAGAGGAGGAGGAAGAGACCGCUCAACAGUGACACAGUUCCCCCUGAAACCUGAAGAAUAGCUGCUAGUGUCAACAGUCCUCUCCCUGUAACGAUGUCUGCAUGAAGUGACUCUUUACCCUCUGUCCUCUUUGAACUUGUUAUUUCUUUUUAGUUUAAUUUCUGCCUGUUUCCUCUCUUGCUCCCCUGCUAACAGUACGUGAUGUUCCUGGCAUUUCUUAAAUAGCUCUCUGGCGUUAGUUGAAUGGAACAUGUUAAAUGAACGGAUCAUGUUAACGGCUCUUUCGGGACUCAUCUUCUGUCGAUGUGUUCCCUGCCUCUGACGCUGCUGAUGGCCGUCUUGCUGGUCGUUAUGUGAGCCGGGCGAAGGGAAGCUUCAGCAGAGCCAAACUGUCUGUUCUUUCAUUUUGGUUAUUUGUUUUUAAGAGGGGGGGGGGAAGUAUUGACUAACAAUGUAAAGAAUACAUGAUAUGCUUUAAAAUAAGUGUAUAUUAGUUUCUGUAUUAUGUACUUCAGCACAAAUGGUGUCUGGAUUUAAAAUGAACACGCACGCAUUUCAUUGUACCUCUGAGUUUGUGUUAUGAGGCCGCAACAGACUUCUCUAUUUAACACUAAGGCCGUUCAUCACUUGGUCACUUCUGAUUUCUCUUCCCAGCUGUCCCUGCUCCUCAAUCUCCCCCUGCCAAUUUCCCCCGAGCAGUUUUGACACACUCAUUGCUCCGAGCCGCUCGGGGCACUCCCUUGUUUUCCCAUCAUGCAUCGCUGUAGACUGUUACUCCAAAAAACACCAUUAAAUUUCUUGUCGUGUA